CGAGUCUGGCUAAACUAUGUUGAAGCCCUAGAAGUCGUGGACCGCGCUGCUCUCCCGCUAGAGGUACACCAGGCUGUCCUCCGUAAAUGUGUCCCGUCGCCAUGGCUCCAGCGCAGUGUCCUGACGCGGCGUGCAGCAGAAGACCGCAUGCCUCGAAUACCUCACUUGUAUGAGGCUAGGCUGAAAACCGUGAUGCGCAAUAUUCGUGCAGCGGGCUAUGCACCAACCCUCAGUGACUACCACUUCAUUCUCGCGCAGUUCGCCGCUGUCGGUCACUUUCAAGGCGCCAAGCUGGUUUAUAAUGAGGCAAUCAGCAUCGGCAGGUUGACACCAUUGCCGAAAACCUUUGGCCUGUGCAUGCAAGCCAUUGCCCACCGUCUAGCUUUACCUAUAAAUAAAGUCCAAUGCACUCUUCUCAUCCCACAAUGCACGGAAAUGUGUCGGGAGCUACUGAGGGACAUGUCGACACACAACUUUCCUGUCACCUCUGUCAACCUUGACCUUGCCGUUCGCAUCUUCAAGGAGACUCUGGAUCCAGCAGGCUUCACCCAGCUCAUGAAGCUUGGUUAUGCCAUAGAUCUGGACUACCCCGACCGACCACCAGUAGAAUCCCUCAAACCAUCAAAGUCUGCCAUCGAGCCCCCUUCUCCCCAGCCCUUUUCUGCUGCUGCCCUGAACACGACCAUUGACACCCUUGGUCGUUUCAACAAUCCAUCAAAGUUGGUGCAAGCGUUCGAGGUCCUUACCAACCCUCUUCCCCCACAAGCCAGUAAGCAUUUCUCGCAAGAGUUUGAUGAAGAAGAAGACGACUUUGGCGACGUCAACCCCGCCUCCACGAAGCCUUGGGAAGCACCAUCCGCCGUCCCUAAUACCACGACCUACCAUCUCCUCCUUAAGCACAUCUCACGAUCAGGACAUGCUACCUUAGCUCGACAUUACCUCUUCCAGGCAUUCACACUUGAUCGAGAAUGUGACAGAAAGUUGCGCAGUGCACUU